UUAGUUCAAAAAAAAAUGUCAGGCCGGGGAAAAGGUGGGAAAGGACUGGGUAAAGGAGGCGCUAAGCGCCAUCGCAAAGUUCUCCGUGACAACAUCCAGGGUAUUACAAAGCCAGCAAUUCGUCGUUUGGCUCGCCGCGGAGGAGUCAAGCGUAUAUCUGGUCUCAUCUACGAGGAGACUCGCGGUGUGCUGAAGGUGUUUCUGGAGAACGUUAUCCGCGAUGCCGUCACCUACACCGAACACGCUAAGAGAAAGACCGUGACCGCUAUGGAUGUGGUUUAUGCCCUGAAGCGUCAGGGUCGCACUCUGUACGGCUUCGGUGGGGACGCAAUGGCUCGAACCAAGCAGACCGCGCGUAAGUCUACCGGUGGCAAAGCCCCCAGGAAGCAGCUCGCCACUAAAGCAGCGCGGAAGAGUGCGCCUGCGACUGGCGGAGUGAAGAAGCCUCACCGUUACAGGCCUGGCACUGUAGCUCUGCGAGAAAUCCGUCGUUAUCAGAAGUCUACUGAGCUGUUGAUCCGCAAGUUGCCUUUCCAGCGCCUUGUCAGAGAGAUUGCUCAGGAUUUCAAGACGGAUCUGCGCUUCCAAAGCUCAGCUGUAAUGGCUCUACAGGAGGCUAGCGAGGCUUAUCUGGUUGGUCUGUUCGAGGACACCAAUUUGUGUGCCAUUCAUGCAAUGUCAGGUCGAGGAAAAGGUGGAAAGGGACUUGGUAAGGGAGGUGCCAAGCGUCAUCGUAAAGUUCUCCGUGAUAACAUCCAAGGGAUAACUAAGCCAGCGAUCCGUCGUUUGGCUCGCCGUGGAGGAGUCAAGCGUAUAUCUGGCCUUAUCUACGAAGAGACUCGCGGAGUGCUGAAGGUGUUUCUGGAGAACGUAAUCCGCGAUGCCGUCACCUACACCGAGCAUGCCAAGAGAAAGACCGUCACCGCUAUGGAUGUAGUUUAUGCUCUGAAGCGUCAGGGGCGCACUCUGUACGGCUUUGGUGGAUAAACCUUCCUCUUCAUUUCUUUGUUGAAUUACCCAAAAGCUCUUUUUAGAGCUACC